GCGAGGAACACCAAGUAGAUCCAUGCCUUGGCCCCAGAUCUCGUGCCAUCCUUAAACACCCACCGAACAAUGGAUCCUCCAACCAGGGACAUCUCAGGCGGUUCCCUAAUGAGGCAUGCUCGUUUUCGCCUACCCUCACUGCCAUGGGAUGGAGUCUUGGGACGUUAUAUAAAAUCCGUAGACCUUCCAAAGAUGAAGCCAGUCUUAAGAUCAUUGUCGCAACGGCUCGAGGCUUGCUUCGUCAUCCGGUCUGUCUCAAUCAGCUAGAUCAAGUCAAGUGACAUUCAUGAUGGAAAAGAGAUCCCCGUAUCAGGAGGGGAGUCUUUGGUACUAUGCACCAAACAAAGGCGCACCCAUCGCUUUCGCAACCCUGUCCGCGAUAUCUGGUGUCCUGCAUAUCUUGCAAUGCUUUAAGUACAAAUCCUGGAAGGUGACCGGACUUUUGCCCUGGUCAGCUCUGCUCUUUACGGCAGGCUUCGUGAUGCGGACCAUCGGCGCCUUUGGGCAAUGGGGCAACGUCGGGGUGUAUAUUGCGAGCACUGUUCUUCUACUAGCCGGACCACCAGUUUACGAGCUUAACAACUUUUUUACCCUGGGUCGCAUCCUUUAUUACAUCCCGUACCAUUCACCCAUCCAUCCCGGCCGAGUGUUCACCACCUUCGUUGCUCUGGGGGCCGUGGUGGAGGCGAUAACCGCCAAUGGCGCAGUGCUGGUUGCCAACUCAGGAAGCACGGAGAGCAAACGGAAGACGGGCGAGGCGUUGCUCAAAGCAGCGCUGAUCCUGCAGCUCGCGUUGAUGGUUGGAUUUCUCGCGUUGACCUCCAGGUUUUACUACAACUGCUCUCGCGGGGGCGUGCUCAACGGCAAGAUCAAGCGGGCUCUGUGUGUGCUGUAUUGCAGUUGCUCCCUAAUCACCGUGCGCACGAUCUACCGGACCGUGGAGUAUUUCAGCGCAGCAAGUCUCAGUGCCUCCAGCACGCAUGUCAGCCCGAUCAUCAAGGAUGAGUGGUUCUUCUGGGUCUUCGAAACAACCGUCAUGUACGCCAACACCACGUUGCUGAAUGUCUUCCAUCCAAUGCGAUGGCUGCCAUGCUCCAUCAAAAUCUACCUCGCGCCGGACGGGGUCACCGAGAUCGAGGGGCCUGGCUAUGAGGACAAUCGACCCUUCCUUGUGACCCUGGUCGAUCCUUUCGACAUAGUCGGACUGAUCGCGAACAAAGGCAGGAAGGAGAGAUACUGGGAGACGGGGCCUGCGAGUGAUACUCAGAAGGACACUCCUCGGGUCUCCUCUGCUGUGUAAUCCCGUGUUGUGUUGUAUUUAGACUGAGUUGUCUGCUCGGUCUUCGCCUCCUCCGUAUAUGAUAUUUCUGUUUUCUCCCACAGUCUCUGACACCAUGUUUCUUGGCAUAAAUGUCUUCUAUUUUCCUUUGUCCAGUGAAUUAUAGUAAAUUGCCACUCUCAU